AACAGCGCGCCUCCGCUGCUGCUCGCCAACACUACCUCCGAGACCGUACGGAUUACCCAUCGUGAGCGUACGUCGUUUGUUUUUGUCGUUAUUUUUAUUUUAUACGCCGUUUUAUCAUUUCGUCGUGAAAAUGUAAAAAUUCAUCAUUUAAGUUCUACUCGUCAACAGUGUUCCUACACUAGAUCGGUAUGUUGUUAUGCGACUGCCAUACAGACUUGUCCGUAGGCGACGGAUCACUCGUCGUUAUGCCUGACCAUUACGUCCGAUAGAUUGCUCGCUGUUUUGCCACUGCACAUCACGGAUUUAGAGCAAUGAGAGAUUGUGGACAGACAUAUACCGAAAUAAACCCACUAAUGAAGCCUCACGACACCAUGGACUUAAUUAACUGCCGUUCCAAUAUCACAGUUAAUGUUAACAAUAAUAAUGAUCAGUCUGCUGUAAAAAAACUACCAAAGAAGCGAAAAUAUGAUUUAUCUCAACUUGAAGACUGUGAUCCUGCUUCUGAUCAAGUGCCUCCAGUUCAAAAGCAAUGCAAUACUAGUUGUGUAGCUAGUGUUGUUGUUGUACCCCCCCAAUCUAUGGCUGUUGACUAUUCUAGACUUGAUGGAUUUGACCGGCCGAAUUAUGUUGAUGUACCAGUGAUUGUUGAGGAUCAUUGUGAACAAAACGAAGAAACUACAUAUACGAAUGGACAUGAUGAUACAGCAAGAUUGGCUGUUGAUCUCCAAGAGUGGACUGAUCAUAGGGUUUUGGCUAAAAGAGAUGGAGUCUACUUGCCUGGACUAAUUAGACAAGCUACUUCAAAUGGAGAUGUAUGGAUAGAAUUUGACUAUGUUGAAGGUCAGCGAUAUGUUAUAUUUAAAGAUGUCUUAAAUGCUAGUAAAUAUGAUGUGAUUUGUGAUGCAAGCCCAUCAUUAAGCCAAGUUAGUAUUGGAGCAAGAGUUUGUGUAAGAAUAACAGGUUCACAAUCAGAUGAAGGUCAUUCAAUUCCUCGUGUAUUUAUUGAAGGAGUUGUUCUUAAAAUUAUUACUAGUCCUGUGAGAUUUGUAGUAAGUGUAGUAUCUGGUAGUAAUGAGGAAUACAUUGUAAAAAGAGCAGAUCUUCGCUUACUUUUACCACCUUGGUGGGAUGAACUUGAGCAUGGUGUACCAAAUGGACAUAUACCUUUAAUAAGAGAGCCUACACCUCCAACUACUAAUGAGCCAUCCAGUUACUAUCAUUCAGCAGUAACAUCUCCUUUACAACCUUUGAAUAACCGCCAUUUUGAUGACUUUUGUGAAAGUGAUGAUGAUCUCCGGCGAGAAGAUAUUUUAUUUAUGUCUGAUGCUGAUGCUGGAAAAUUAUCUGGAAGUAGUAAGAGAAGUAGUAUGCAAAGUAGAGGUAGUACAUGCAGUAUAUUGGAUCAUGGGAGUACAACACCUAGAUCAACUCCAGCUACACCAAGAUCACAAAUUACAUCUCCUCAUAAAUACAAGAAAGGAGAUAUUGUUACAACACCAAGUGGAAUUAGAAAAAAAUUUAAUGGAAAACAAUGGCGCCGUUUAUGUUCAAAAGAAGGUUGCUCAAAAGAAUCUCAAAGAAGAGGAUACUGUUCUAGACACCUAAGCUUAAAAGGCAGUAGUUUGAGAUCUUGUGCUUCAAGUAGCACUAGUUUUACAAGAGGAAAUAGAAGUGCCAUAGAUGGAGAUGAAACGUCUCGAGAAUCUCAAACUUCCCCAAGUUUUUCUGAACGUCGACUAGCUGGCCGUUUUGAUCCAGAUGAAACAGAAGCUGCCAACAUGCUUGGUACACAACUUUCUUUAGGAAGUUCAAGGUCAGGAACUCCUUUAUACUCAUCCCCUUGUCCACUGGGUAACAGUAAUACACAGUCGCCACUUACAGUAGGAUCUCGUCAAAAUAUGUUCCUACCAAUUAUUUUACCAGCAAACCAGAGUUACCCAUCUACUACACCAACAGGAAAUGGACAUGCUACACCACCAACUAUGAACAAUACUUCUACUAAUCAAUAUAGGCAACAACAACUUGUCAAACCAGAAUUGUUAAGGCCUAACACCCAACAUGGUUUACAAGAUUCAUUGCCCAUAUCCAGUCAAACUAGUGUAAUUCGUAUAUCACCGCACACAAUCCAACCAAAAGUAACCAGUGUCACGGUAAGUUCUCAGACACAGGCCAGUUGGAGAGGUGUUGUUUCAUCCCCUCAGCAAUCAAAUAAACCAAUAAACCAGCCUUCGGGUCUAUGGCAGGUAGAAAGACAUCCAAGUGUUGUUGUGUCAUCACAACAACAUGGUCACAUUUUAGAAAAAGCAUUAACUACGGUUGAAUUGAAUGGUCAUGACACCUAUAGUCGUAUAACUGAAAAUAGCGAAGUAUUUUCCAGAGAUAAUGAAAAUAUUGUGUAUCAAGAAUCUGUAAUAAAAAAAGAUCCGCACGUUGGUGUGGGAAUUAAUGUACCUUAUUCACAACCUUUGGUAAUCAAUUCUGGAUAUAAUCAGAGAGUUCAAAACAUUCCAAGUUCAAUUACAACACCUUCAGUUGUUACUAAACACAGCUACGCUGCCCCUCAAAAUGAGUAUCACGAUUAUCAAAACAAAAAUUCUGUAGUUCAACAAGUUAUUGUUCACCCUACUGAACUUUUACCUGUGUUGCCUAUUAUGGAAGAUAGAAAAGAAGAACCGCCUGAACCCAGCCCGACUCUUACAAAUAAUGAUAAUGGAAAUUUAACUGUAUAUUCUUGGGAUUCUUUACUUCCGAUUUUAAAUUCAGAAGAAGUAGUUCAAACUACUAUUUCUACUGUGCCUAAAUCACUUACUCCUCCAUUGUCAGCUCCGCCUAUUCUAACACCACCACCAGCGGAAUCCCCUGAUGUUGAUGAUGAUGAUGUGUUCGAACAAGAACCCUGUGAUACUGAUGAUCAAACAUUGAAUACUGCAGCUGGAAAGCGUAGAACACAAUCUCUGAGUGCAUUACAAAAUUCAAAAGAACCGCAAAGUCCACUAACAAAAGCUAAAGAUCGUAUUCGAAGACCAAUGAAUGCUUUUAUGAUAUUUAGUAAAAGACAUCGUGCCUUGGUUCAUCAAAGACAUCCCAAUCAGGACAAUAGGACCGUAUCAAAAAUCCUUGGUGAAUGGUGGUAUGCAUUGGAGCCAGAUCAAAAACAAAAAUACCAUGAAUUAGCUUCUGAAGUAAAAGAAGCUCACUUUAAAGCGCAUCCAGAGUGGAAGUGGUGUAGUAAAGAUAGAAGGAAGUCAAGCGGAAGUGGUCGAUCUAAACUAGGAUCUACUGAUGAACAUCCAUCUCUUGAUCAUGAUCCUAUGGUCGAUGUGACCUUAGAAAUGUCAGAUGAACAAAAAACACCUGUCAAAAAAGAAAUGGAUGUAGAAAUGAAAAAUGAUUCUGAGGAUGAACAAAUGAUUGUAGCUGAAGCUCCAGAGAUUGAUCUUAAGUGUAAAGAAAAGGUAACUGACUCUGAUACAGAGUCUCAAAGUGAUGCUGAGCCAUUACAAGAUAACAAAAUAUUUCCUCAACAGAGGUUUAGUCCAGUGAAAUCUUCGAGUUCUGGAGAAGUGACAUGCCGACCUAAACCUAUUAAAGCCAGAUUGGUGUCUGCAAGUUCAACAGAUUCAAAAUAUCAGUCUAAAACUAUCAACUCAAGAGAACCAACAACGCCGAUUCUGUACCCAUAUCAUUCCCCUAUUAAUCCUUUAGGCGUUUCUCCAUUUCAACCUACCGGUGGUGCUUUUAAAUUAAUGCCAGCCUCACCAAAAGUUAAGAAUCCUACUGAUCAAUUACCAAUGCAUAUAUCUGAAGCAACAUGGACAUCUGGAACCGAGACUUGGAAUCAAACUAAAUUGAUUAAUACGAAUGCUUGGGCUGCUUCUACUGCUGAGUGGAAUAACAACAAACCAACAAACACAACAACUGUAAAUUCAAAAAUUGUUGUAACACCUUUGUCACAACAGAACAUAUUUCAUUAUACUUCUUCUCCAAAUAAAGAUUCUGAACAAAAACCAGCAGCGUGUUCAGUUAGACAAGUAAUAGGUGGCCGUCCUGUUUUAAUACAAACUGCAGCUAAAAGUCAGUCUGGUAGUCAACAGCAAGCACUAACUUUAGCUUUUGUAAAUUCUGGAGAUUCAACAACUUCAUUAGUAACUAAUUUGCUAGUACCCACUAGUAACGACAAUAGAAAUACUUCAGCCACUCUGCAAUAUGUUAUACCCAAUAGACUGUCAAAUAUUUAUUUACCUCAACAGACACAAACUGGUAAAUCAAAUCAAACACCCCCAGCAAAACCAACUCAGUCCUCUACUGUUAUUGUGAGCACAAACAACACUUCAUUGGUUUUUCAUUCUGAUUCUGGAAAUUCAGAAAAAAUUUCAAACAUCACAAAAAAACGUGAACCUGACAUUGUAAUUAGAGCUGAUAAUGAUGAAAAUUUAAUAUCCUUUGAGAAAUCACAAAACAGUAGUUUAAAAAAUAAUAUUUCACCCAUCAUAUUUGAUUUUAGAGAUGAUAAUAAUAAGGACGAUAAUAUAAAAAAUGAUGUUGAAGAAAAACCAUUUGUACUUGCUCCCACUCCUGCACAACUUGGGAAAGCACCAUUACAAAGAAGGCAAUCUAUGGUGUCUUCUAGUCAAGAUUCAUUACCUAGUUCUCUACCUGAUAAAGAUUCAGAACUGCUAGAAGAUGUAACCGAAGAUAUACCAGAAUCACCUUCGACAAAACGUAGUUUCUUCAAGAAAAAUAUUGAAGAUGGAAUGGAUCGAGUAUUAGAACAAGUUAACUUUGAAAUGAAAUUUUCUUCAUUGCCUCAGUUUAAACCAGAUGAAUGUAAUUCACCAAGUGCAAUAUCAGUACCGUCUAGCCCCCAUGUCUUUAAUGCUCAAACAUUCCGCAAAAAACAAUUAGCUGAAUGCGACGCUCAAGUGGAAACUCCUAACUCAUCAGGAAAACUAGUUGGAAACACAUUUUUCGGUCCUGACUUUAAUCCUGAAGCGUACAGAGGGGUAUUGGAUCAGGAAGAUACAGUUGCAGCUUCACCUAGGACUCCUAAAACUCCAAGUGGUCGAAAUGAUAGCUCAGCAGCUGAAAAAGGACAUAGAAAAAUGUUAGAACAAAGAAGACAACUAGUCAUGACUUUAUUCCAAGAGCAAGGCAUGUUUCCCUCUACUCAAGCAACUUCAAUAUUUCAGGCUAACCAUGCUGAAAUAUUUCCCAACAAGUCGUCGUUACAAUUAAAGAUAAGAGAAGUUCGUCAAAAAUUAAUGGCACAUAACACAUUAACACCGAGUAGUGCAAGUGCUUUAAACAGUCCUAAUGAAACAUCAUCUAAUACACCAAGUUCAUCAACACAUCCACCUUCACAACAACCGCCUAGUGUAAUGACGUCCAGCUAACAUCAAUAUGUGAUUACAUUCAACUACACUUUUUUAUAAACUGUAGACUAUAUACAUAGUUUGCAAUAUUUAGACUUGUUAAGAGUUCAUAAUUGUUAAAUAUUUAUUUUGUAUAAAAAUACCAUAGUGUAAUCGUUUUAACGAUUAGUUCAUGUUUUCUUUAUGUGUAACGUGUACACUUAGAUGUUUCUAUUUUUUUUCUGGUUUACCAAUUUGGUAAAUAAUAGGAUUUAAAUGUCAAUAGACUUGUACUCAAUAUAUAUAAAAAUAAAUAAAAGAGUAAAUACUCUAAUGUUUUGACAACAAUAUCUGGUGAUAUCAGCUGUUUUUUUUUUAAUAGUAUUGAUCAGAGCAAAUGUGCCCUUACCUCAACUUUUCUUUUUAUAUAGUUGUGUAAAAAAAAAUUUAAUUAUUAUUUAUUAUUAAUAAGAACGAUCUCUUAACUCGAUAGCCACAUCCAUCACCACAAGAGUCUUUCAAAAUGUACAUUAUUAUUAUAGUUUAAAAUCACACAUAAUAACCUUUUAUACUUACUGUAGGUUGCUUAAUAUUACUAUUAAACUUAUAAUGUGCCAUUGAUAUAAUAUUUGCUAAUUUAUGUUUUAUUAUCCAGCGACUUCUAUGGUCUUGAUUAUAAUAAUGAUUAACUUAUAUUGUUUACUAUUGGUUGCAUCCUCCUUUUUUU